ACCCCAACAAAACACUCAAGUAGCUGGCUAGCUUUUUUAAGUUAAAAGGUUGAGCACAGUACUCUAUACCUCUUGAAUCUUAAAUUUGUUUGAUCACAAAAUGGAGAAAAGUAAAUCAUUUCCGAAUUACUCAACUCCAUAUGUGGAAGCUCGGUUUGCGUUUGAGGAUCGAGAUAAAUCGUUUAGCUUCAAUGGUCCUGGAGACCGAGAAAAUCCUGAAGUGAAGAGAAAGAAGAGAGUGGCUUCAUAUAACAUGUACACAAUGGAAGGUAAACUCAAGUCUUCUUUAAGAAACAGUUUCAAGUGGAUCAAGAACAAGUUUGCAGACAACACCUAUGGUUCUUGAACUUUUUAGUUCUUCAGUCUUGUGUAUAUAGAAGUGUACGUGUUUGCUUUUUAUGUUCACUCUUGUUUUAUGUCACUUCUUAACUUGAAUAUUAUUAGAGAUCUGUUCUAUGUGAAUUUCGGACUUGGCAAACCAAGGCUAAGAACUUUCAUUAUCUGUUCAGUCUUGUUUCAUUACAGUUACGAUGAUUAAUACACUAUGUAAAAUUAUGUA